AUGGCCCAGCCAACUAUGAAAGUGAGACCCGUGCUCCUGAAGCGUAACAGCCUAGAGUCGGUGGAGCUCGUGAAGCCACCUCACCACCGCAGGAGCAAAUCCCAGCAGGUGCGGUUCAAGGACGAUGGGACCACUAAGAACCCAACUGGCCUAGCUGAGGCCGACACCCAGGCUCCCGAAGACCCGGCUGGGAUGGGGAAGACACCAGCACCCAAGCAUCAUCACCCCCCUACCUACUCGCUGUCCUUCCCCAGGUCCCAGAAGGCCGGGGGGUUUCGGAACAUUGCCAUCCAAACCUCCCCCAGUCUCAGGAAGCAUUUCCCAGUUUUCAAAAGGAAGAAACUGACAGCCAGCAAGUCCCUGGUGGAAAUGCCCACAGCACCCCCAAGUGCCAUCCAGGUCAACGGCAACCUCUCGGAACAGGACAUUGUGUCCUCUGACCUUGCCUACCUAAGGCUGGCUCAGCACCUGGAGGAUGGACCUCGAAGGGUCAAAGUGUCCCACCCAUUUCUGCCGAGGGUGUCCAAGGUGCAAAGCAACGGGCCUCUUAGCAUAUGCUUAGAAGCUGGGUCUUGGAGGGCCUCAGAGAAAGCUGCAGCUGCCAUUCAGGUCCCAGAUGAUUUUUAUCACGGUCCUUCCUGGGAAGCGAGAGCAUCCACGCUCAGCCCAGGUGAGUCAACUGAGAGGAGCAACUCGAUACCCCCUUUGAUUGACGUGUGUCCAGGGGAGGGGAGAAGGGUGCUGAUAUCAGAUUCAGAAAGAUCUCCCUCUGGCUUGGCUGUCACCCCAGGCACAGAGAAACUCAAGCACGAAUUGCUUUUGCCCAAAGACAACUGUGAGGACCGAGACCUUGGCCUGCUGUCAUCUCAGUCAAAGGACACAUUCGUCCCUUCAUCUCCACAAACUCACAGCUCCCCUGCACCAGGGUCCCACAGCCAACCCACCCAUCCAGAAAGAGACUCAGACUGUCCUGCAUCGGAUGCAUCGGAUGACAGUCACCAGGACCUGGGGGCAUGCAAAACUAACAGUGCAUCAAAGUCUGCCCCUGGGUGUAAGGAGCAGCUGGCAAAGAACCCCACCCAACCAGACACCCUGGAAUUUCAGAACUGCCCAGGAAACAAUCCCCUCCCCUCUUCUCUUCCAAAGAGUGAGAGCAAAUCUCAGAGCAACAGGGAGAUUAGUGACAUCAAUCAAAUACACCUGGCACGGGGUGAACUCUGCGACCUCCAAGGUCGGCUGCAAUCUGUGGAGGAAUCGCUACACUCCAACCAAGAGAAAAUUAAGGUCCUUUUGAAUGUAAUUCAAGACUUGGAGAAAGCUCGAGCUCUUACUGAAGGGCGCAACUUUUAUCGAACCGGCCAAGACCUCAACAACUGCAGUACCUGCCAGAACACAGCGUGCAUCAUAUACAGUGUAGAGUAUGAUUUUCGGCAGCAGGAAGGAAGGUUCCAUGAAGUUCUGCAGAGUCUAGAGGAAGUGGAACCAGUUGAGGAAGCAUCUUCCCCACCAAAGUCCCCAGCAGAACCCCCGGCCCCUGAGAAACAGGAUCUGAGGCGGAAAACGAAGAAAGUGAAGAGGAAGUGCUUCUGGUGGAUCUGA